UCACAUCCAAGGACGGUGGAAGGAGCAUGUAGGUCUGCGCACCAUAGAGAGGGAACAACGCACAACAGACCUUCACUACAAUCGGACAGCAUACUGGGGGAUUUAAAAAUAUAUAUUUCAACCAUGAAGUGCGGAUUUAUUCACUUUUUAAUAGCGUUUCCUCUCAUCAGCGGAUCACCUUUCCAGCAUGGUAUGUUUCAGGGAAAAAGAUAUUCUGGCACCGAAACACGACAGAGAAACAAAAACUGGUGCGCCUACGUUGUGCACAAAAACGUGAGCUGUGCGGUCGUGGGAGGCACGGAUAGUUUCGUGCAGCCGGAGGUUUUGCCGUGUCCACCGGAGAUGCCAAACUGUGCGCAACAAGUGAUAUAUCAGACACACUUUAGGACCAUGUAUAAGAUUGCGUACAAGACUGUAACGGAGUUGGAGUGGAGGUGCUGCCCGGGGUACCAGGGCCACGACUGCUGGGAGGUGAAAGACAUUAAACUGCUCCAAGUGGAGCGCUUGCCUCAUGCUCCCUCUGCCUCUGGACAUAUGCCAGUCCCACAAGCUCCAGAGCAGCACACAGAGACCCAGAGGAACCAUCCAUGGGGAGGGGAGGGGCAGUUUGGAGGUCAGACAGGUCUCAAACCAGUAGGGAGUCAUGGAGGAUCUCAAAGUGCACAACAUCUGGAGGAGGAGGUGCAGGAGCUAUCCCAGAUGGUCCUUGACAUGCAGGCAAGAAUGACGGACAUGUCCUCCAAUCUGAGACUGGAUUUCCAAGAGGACGCCAGUAAAAUGCUGCUCACGCUGCUGAAUAACUACAGACAGCCUGCCAGUGCGAGAGGCGAAGAGACGCACAUCGUUCAGGUGCAGGACUUCUCUUUUGGGAGCGAGACAACACAGAUGGACGAGGUCUUGAACAAGAUCGGCCAGGUCACAGACGAUCUGGAGUCCAAGAGCAAUACCCUGGAUGACCUGCGGGGUCGCGUCAACCGCCAUGACGGACAACUCCAUCUGUUAAUGGAGGCUGCCCACAACCAGCUGUCAACUCCCCCUCCCGAUCCCCCAGCCGGGGAUACAGACCUGCGCGCCUACCUGGACGAGAAGAUCCGCGCGCUGAGAGAGGAGUUAAUGGAGGGCAUGGACAUCAAACUGGCAGACAUGAAGAACUCGUGCGAUUAUAAAAUCACGUCGGUUCAGGAGCAGUGUGAGGGACAAGAAACCAACUACCUCAGCCUGGCAGAGCUCAUGGACUCAAAAGAAACUGACCUCCGCAACGAGAUCCAGGACCUUAAGACCAAGCUGGUUGAUCCAGGAAAGGGAGGCAUCCGUCUUGUGGAGAACCUUGAGAUCUGUCUGAACUCAUCUACGAAGACUGAAGCUGCCCAGUGUCUCUCUGUGGAGGAGAAGCUGAAGAAACAACAGGCAGAGGCCAUCAAAGACAUGAGGGAGACUCUGGAGGACAAGCUGGCCUCCACGGAAGACCGAAUCAUCACCCUGUUGGUAGAUACAAGCAACAACUCCCUAUCUGGCAGUCUCCUGACUGCUGUAGAAAACAUCAGCCAAAAAAACUUCCAGACCUGCAGAACUGCUAUAGAUGCUAUGGAGACUAGUCUAAAAGCCCAAAUAAAUGGUAUUGGGACCAUGGAGGGGCAACUCCUCAACUUCAGCACCAUCAUUGAGAACCUAAAUGGCGAGUUGAGCAAUCUGAAAGGGCGUGCCGGCAAGUUGGAGGACUCGCUAUCGGAUGCCGUCCACCAGCAGUCUCGGGUGUCUCUGAUUCUUAACUCCACAUGGGGUCAAGUUGAAACGGGGCCUGAGCAGGAGGCCAAGGACCUUCUGGAGCUCCACAGGACUCAGCAUCGGGAGCUGAGAAACCAUCUGGAUGAGCUGGGCAGGGAGGUGAAAGCAGAGGCCGACCACUGCAGGGAGUGGACUGAAGAUGUCGGGAGGGAGAUUGCACGCAUAGACAGCCGCAUUGUUAGCAUGGAGAGUUUAUGUGGCCGGCUGGACCCUAUCUCUAGUAGCCUCCAGAGGAUCAAAGAGGAGCUGAAUAAACACGUCUCUGGGUUGUGGACUUGUGUCAACCAGCUGAAUGGUACUGUUAGAGCUCACGCCCGUGAUAUUGGAGGACUGAGGGGAACUUGUGCGAACCUCCAGAACCACAUCUCUAAUGUAGCCAAAGACCUUCAGGUGAUAACAAACAGCAAUCCUGGGAAGACAGGUGUUCAGGUUGCCGUGGUGGACGCCGGAUUUCUCCAAGGUUCAAGUAAGGGCCUCACGGGUCCGGGUGCUCCCCCAGAGGCCCCCCUCCCACAGCCACCUAUGAUGGAGACCGGAGAGGCGGGACCCCCCGGCAAGAUGACCUCGUCCAAGCUGCCCAAAGGAAUUGACGGCAGCAUGAUGCCUGUUCAGGGUUUUGCCGGAGCUCCAGCCUCCCCAUUCAAAUCCACUGAUUUACUAAAACCCAGCACGCUGGUCAUCUCAGGUGUGAACAUGCCCCACAGACUGUCAUCACACACAGCGUCAGGUGAGAGGGUGUCCUUCUCCGCUGGUCUGACUCUUCCUCCGUUCCAGGGAGAGGUUGGAAUCAUUCGAUUCAACAAGGUGUUGGUCAAUGAUGGAGGACACUAUGACGCUCACACAGGUAUCUUCACAGCUCCAACAGAUGGCCGCUACCUGGUGACCGCUGUGCUCACAGCCCAGCGAGGCGAGAGGGUGGAGGCGGUCCUGUCCGUGUCCAAUCGCAGCAUCCAGAGGUUGGACUCGAGGGGCUUCCUGUCACAUGAUCAGUGUAACUGCAGCAGCUCGGCCUCCCUGAGCCUGGUUCUGUCGCUGAGGAGAGGAGAUCGAGCAGGACUGGUCAUGACCGCUGGGAAAGUCGCCAUCUCAGCCUCCUCUGAGAUCCUGUCGUCCUUCAGCGCCGUGCUUCUUUACCCCAGCCCGUCAAAACGGUAGCCCUGCUCUCGUUAAAGACACCUUCUGAAAGUGGAGCGUGGUGCACGUUACUGGGGACACACGGUGGUACUUCAUUAUCAGGAGGAAAAGACAACCAGCAGGAAACAAAUUAUAAAUGAGAUUAUUUCUAUCAUUAAUGCUAAUAUAUAGUGUGCUUUCAUUGCCAUUAUUUUAUAUAUAUUUUUUGUUUAUGACCAAGAACAUUUAAUUGUCGUCCACUGUUUCUUCCUCAAUAAUUAAAAUGUUAAUGAAUUGUUAAAUGCUAAAAUUUGAAUUCUGUUUAAUCCAGUUUGUUCACUUGUUUAUAAAAUCAGUUACAGUGUUUUGUUAUGUUCUCAUCCUACAGCUCAUACCAGUUUUCAUUGUUGCAGAUAUCUUAUUGGUGUAAAACACUCUUUAAAUGUUUCAGAUACACCCUGUGCUUUUAUGAGAGCAUCAUCCAACAUUUGAUUCAACAGUUUAAUUGAAUAUUAAUACAAUACAUGUAGUAAAUGUGAUGUGUACAGAGUUCA